AAUAAGAACUGAUAAAGAAUAAAUAAGUGCUAAUUCAAGUGACUGGUGAGGUACAGCCAGAGAACAGAAAUUAUAGCUAAAUGUUGUUUCAUUACCUCACGUAAAUCAAACUGAGUAGCUUACAUUAUUAUUUACAAUAAUAAAUACACCGAUUCACAACUGUUCUGUAAAAAUGCAGGGUUCUCUACAUUGGCACAGAAUAUGAAUGCAGUUGCAUGAUCUACACAAGGCUUUAACUAUGCAUUGUUUCUCUCAGGUUUAAUCACAUUACAAUAGGCUAUAGUUUUCACAUAGCAUCUGCUUACAACUGUAUGGAAUUCACAUAUAACAUUAUUGCUUGUGUUUGUAUGGCAGUGGCGGAAUACUGCAGCUUUGCCGAGUUAGACGGGUGGUGAACUUGUUAAGUGGAAUAUAUAAAUCCUACAACAGUGAGAGCUGUAGCAUAGCCUCUCGUGUGCAGAGGCGCGAGGUGGGUUCUCAUAUAAAAGCCAAAAUGUUACCAUGACAGCGUAUGCAGCGAUAAUUACAUGCUAAAUAAUCACUGAGUUUACGUCACUCUUGUGUUUACCUGUGUGGAGGUGUUAGGUGUGAAAACAGCGUGGUGGUUGGUGUAGGACCCAGCGGAAGUGCGGAGGGUGAGGGAGCGCGCGCGCAGACUCCUCCUUGUCUCCGGUGUCAAACUUGACAUCAGCGCUCGCGCCGAGAAUGGUAACUGGCUCAGCGGCGGAGAGCUCACUCACGUCGGUGGCAUGCUUCAUGGAGUUAUGUACCUUUCCUUGCCCGCUCAACUGCCGUCAUGGGUUGCACGCGCUUCCUAACCCUUCUGCUCCUUCUCUUCAUGCUCGUUUCCUGCGCCGAAUUCAUCGUUUAUCCGUCCAAUGAAGUUAACCUGUUGGAUUCCAAAGCAAGCCAAGGGGAGCUGGGAUGGAUAUCAUAUCCACCACAUGGGUGGGAAGAGAUCAGUGGUGUGGAUGAGCACUACACACCGAUUCGGACCUUCCAGGUGUGCAAUGUGAUGGAGUACAGCCAGAACAACUGGCUGAGAACCAACUGGAUCCCUCGAAGUUCUGCUCAGAAGAUAUAUGUGGAGCUCAAGUUCACUCUGAGAGACUGCAACAGCAUCCCACUGGUGCUGGGAACCUGUAAAGAAACCUUCAACUUGCACUACCUGGAGACAGACGAGGACCAGGGCAGUAAGUUCCGUGAACACCAGUUCUCGAAAAUAGACACCAUUGCAGCCGAUGAAAGCUUUACUCAGAUGGACCUGGGGGAUCGUAUUCUUAAACUCAACACCGAAGUGCGAGAAGUUGGUCCAGUCACUAAGAAAGGUUUUUACCUGGCCUUCCAGGAUGUGGGGGCUUGCGUGGCCCUGGUGUCAGUGAGGGUGUACUUUAAGAAAUGCCCUUUCACAGUGCGGAACCUGGCCAGUUUUCCUGACACAGUACCCAUGGACACUCAGUCAUUAGUGGAGGUGAGGGGCUCCUGCGUCAACAACUCCAAGGAAGAGGACCCUCCCAAAAUGUACUGUAGCACUGAGGGAGAAUGGCUGGUACCCAUUGGGAAAUGUUUGUGUAACAUUGGUUAUGAGGACCGAGGAGUCACCUGCCAAGCUUGCCGGCCUGGCUUCUAUAAGGCUUCGUCUGGGAAUAUGAAGUGUUCAAAGUGUCCCCCACACAGCUACACCCACAAGGAGGGGGCUGUGCACUGCAUCUGUGAGAAGAACUACUUCCGUGCUGAUGGAGACCCUGUGUCAAUGGCCUGUACCCGUCCCCCCUCUGCUCCUCGGAAUGUGAUCUCAGUCAUCAACGAGACGUCAGUGAUCCUGGACUGGAGUUGGCCAGAAGACACAGGUGGCAGGAAGGACUUGAUUUUUAAAGUAGUGUGUAAGCGUUGUUUGGCUGGGUCUAAACAAUGCGAGCCAUGCAGAGGGGCUGUGCGUUUCCUGCCCCGUGCUUCAGGCCUCCUGAACACCACAGUGACUGUGGCUGACUUGCUGGCACACACUAACUAUACCUUUGAGAUUGAGGCAGAGAAUGGAGUUUCCUCUCUGGCACCUGCCAUGCGCCAGCAUGCCAGCGUCACUAUAACUACCAACCAAGCAGCUCCAUCCCAGGUCACAAUCAUCAGGAAAGACAGAACAUCCCGAAACAGUAUCUCACUAUCCUGGCUGGAGCCAGAAAGGCCCAAUGGUAUUAUCUUGGACUACGAGGUCAAGUACUAUGAGAAGCAAGAACAAGAGACCAGCUAUACCAUCCUGAGAUGCAAGGGCACAAAUGUGACUCUGAAUGGACUGAAACCUGAUACCAGAUACCUGCUGCAGAUUAGAGCUCGUACCGCUGCAGGUUAUGGCAGCAGCAGCCGCAAGUUUGAGUUUGAGACCAGCCCUGACUCUUUCUCAAUCUCCAGUGAGAACAGUCAGGUUGUGCUAAUUGCCAUUGCUUCUGCUGUCGCCAUCAUCCUCCUAACCGUGGUGCUUUACAUUGUGAUUAGCAGGUGCUGUGGCUACAGCAAAUCUAAACAUCCAGACAAAAAGAGGCUUCACUUUGGUAAUGGUCACUUGCGACUGCCUGGUAUUAGGACCUACGUGGAUCCCCACACUUAUGAGGAUCCAAGUCAGGCGGUGCAUGAAUUCGCCAAGGAGUUAGAUGCUUCUUGCAUUGCCAUCGACAAAGUUGUGGGUGCAGGUGAAUUUGGGGAGGUGUGUAGUGGUCGUCUGAAAUUGCCUUCUAAGAAGGAGAUCUGUGUGGCCAUCAAGACCCUAAAAGCAGGAUAUACAGAGACACAGAGGAGAGACUUCCUGAGUGAGGCUAGCAUCAUGGGACAAUUUGAUCACCCUAACAUUAUCAGACUGGAAGGAGUGGUCACUCGCAGUAAGCCAGUAAUGAUUGUGACGGAGUACAUGGAGAAUGGCUCCUUGGACAGCUUCCUUCGAAAACAUGAUGCUCAGUUCACAGUGAUUCAGCUGGUAGGAAUGCUGCGUGGUAUUGCGUCAGGUAUGAAAUACCUCUCAGACAUGGGCUACGUGCACAGAGACCUCGCUGCCCGCAACAUCUUGGUCAACAGUAACCUGGUGUGUAAGGUGUCUGACUUUGGCUUGUCCAGAGUGCUUGAGGAUGAUCCAGAGGCAGCCUACACAACAAGAGGUGGCAAGAUCCCAAUCAGGUGGACAGCACCAGAAGCUAUCGCUUAUCGCAAGUUCACUUCAGCCAGUGAUGUGUGGAGCUAUGGGAUUGUACUGUGGGAAGUCCUGUCCUAUGGAGAGAGGCCUUACUGGGAGAUGUCCAAUCAAGAUGUGAUCAAAGCAGUGGAUGAGGGCUACCGCCUUCCCCCACCUAUGGACUGCCCUGCACCCUUAUACCAGCUAAUGCUGGAUUGCUGGCAAAAAGACCGAAACAACCGACCCAAGUUUGAGCAGAUUGUCAGCAUUCUGGACAAGCUUAUACGUAACCCAGGCAGUCUGAAGAUCACAGCCAGCACCGCCUCCAGGCCGGUCAACCAGCUCCAGACCAGCACAGACAUCACCUCAUUCAGCACUGUGGGCCACUGGCUGGAGAGUGCAAGGACUCUACCUUGUAAAGAGGCCUUCAGCGGAGUCAGCUACAGCUCUUGUGACACACUACCCAAGACCUCUGCAGAAAUCUGCCUGGCUGAGGUCAGGCCUGCAGCCACUUGUCCUGAGUGGGAACCAUCCAUGGGAAUUACGACUCUUUAGGCCUUACAGUGUUGACGGGACUUCAAGAAGGUUGGUGUAACAUUUGUUGGACCUCAGAAGAAGAUUGUGAGCAGUAUUAAAGCACUUGAAACACACUCAAAAAACAGCCCAGUUCCUGUCUAAAAAGUGGAUGAAAAAAAAGUUAAUAAUAGGUAAAAGGAUGGACAAAAGAGAGAGAAAUUCAGGAGACUGAUGCUGCUUUAGGUUUUAAAAGACAGAAAUUAUGAAUAUGAGAUAAGGCAUAAACAACAAUGUUAGCAUAUCAGGGCACAGUAAAGCAACACUCCUGGAGAAUGACUGUUGUUCUAGCAUCCAAUCAUGUUGCUCAGGCAGAAAGGGUGCCUCGUGGCCUGUUAAUGGAUUGCCUUAUGUAAUAAAGAAGAAUAAAAAGCAGGUGGGGCUUCUCUGCUAAAACUAAGCUCUGGGGCAGGACUCUAGGGUCCCAUAAGCUCUCCACAGAUCAGCAGAGCACUGUAUGAAGAGCAAGAUGGAGCUAUCAGGAACUUGGACGUGUCUCCUCUCUGCAGAUACAACUAACAGCUCUUAACACAUGACAGGAGGGUAAUAAAAUGCAAAAACUUUGUAAUGCAGCCACCCUUUUGGAGAGAAUGAACUCAAGCCUAAGACCUGUUCCAUCCACAUGCCUCACUGGUUUUCUGUCAUGUUGGAUGGGGAGUGUCUUAGCUAGUUGAAGAGUAAAACCACCUGCCAAUACAUAAGAGAUGCCUUUAAUUUCAAUAUUUCUCUAGAGAACCAGAGAGCUGGGGAAUGGACUCCAGUAAACUACAGUGCAAUUGGCCAUCAAAGUAGAAAUGUCCAAUAAAGGCAAAUUACUGUUUCAGUAAUUUCCUAUUUUAUUCUGUGGAUGUGACACAUUGAACAGCAUAUAUGAUUAAUUAUUACAUAACUAGAAAAUUGAGAUUAACAGUAAGAGACUAUGUAUGUACUCCUUUAUUGUGCUCUUUAUGCCACUUAAAACAGGUGCUUUCUUUUGGUGUUGAGAAAACCUGUAACUGAACAAUUACAUUAACCAAAAGUGAAUAUGUGAAUUUGUGAACUACUUGAAAAAAAAAAAUCAAUGCAAUUGUAAAGUUGAUUCCUAGAUGUAUAUCCCUAAUCUGGCUUUCUUCUGAUCAGCAUUCAGAGAUCAGUUAGAGUAAUGUUUUGGAAUGUGGUCAAAAGUGUUAGUAACAUCUGCAUCCGUCCAGUAAGAUCAGAGAGAGAGAAGGUCAGAGAACAUAGUGUAGUAGGGCAUUGGAAGUGUUAGAUAUGACAGGAAUGGAGGACCUUGGUGAAGAGCAAAGCGUAUCAUUUCCUGCUGUGAAAUUUCAUAAACCUUCAAAGGGCACUAAUAUAUUUGAAGUAAAGUACUUUAGGGACAAUGUCAAGUAAUAUGUGUCUAUUGCAAAAGCUCAGGAUGCAUGGCCCUCAUUCAAUUUUAGGAAGCAAAAGAGAGAAAAGAAGUAAAUAACAUGCAACCCUUUACUUCAGCUGUGCCAUUUGAUCAUCAAUUAGUUUUUGGCAAAAAACAGAAAUAGAAAUAAUCCGAUAGGGAAAAAAUGCAUAAUGCUUAAAAGGUUUCAUUUAUGCCUUGACAUGGUUUAUUCAGACCAUGAAUUAUCUAGAUAAACAAUGACUUUCUCUAAAAUGAUGGAAACAUUUAGCUCUUCCUUUUCUACCCUUCAGUCUGCCUGUAAAUGUUGCUGCUCCCUCAGCUCUCAGCAUGUACAUACUGUAUGUAAACAUACCCUGUAAUAACAGCAAUGGUGAACGCACCCAGCCAUCCUUUUGUACAAAUGUUUGUAUGUAUAAAAGAAUGAAAGAAAAUCUGUUCAAACUUUAAAAAAAAAAAAAAAAAAAAAGUAAAAUUUCAUUUGUAUUAUAUUUUAUGCUCUUUUGUAUCAUAUUUGGGUUUUUUUUUUUUACUUUACAAAAAAAAAAUCAACAGUAAUGACCUAUUUAUUUGAUAACAAACAGUAUACCGUGCUAAUUUGAGUGUUUUUUUGUUUUGUAGCAUACAGUAAGUUAUGACAUGUUUAUGUGAUGACAUUAUCAGUGUUGUGCAUUUUACUUUAUGAGACAUGACUUCUAGAAAGCAAUACUAUUUCUUCCACCCUGUGCUCCUCUAAUCUUCCUUUAGAGUGGUUUCUAUGUGUGUGUGAGGAUGCAAGUGGGUGUGCAAAUGUAGAUGGCCUUGUCUACUAAUGUAAAAUGAUUUGUAGUGGAAACAUUUAUAUUUUUAUAAUAAACUGUGUAAAAAUAUUUUCGAAAGAAUGAAUGCAGAGAGGAUUGCGUCAUAGUGGUUUUACUUGACCGGUCUCCUAUGCCAAUGAUAAAAAUGGCGAUGCAUUGGGGCAAUCAUCUUUAUAAACCCUUUAGUGACCAUCUUCUGCUGCUCCAUCAAAUGUGUCAUAUAAGAAGCAGCUAUGUAGCCUUGUAGGACCUCAGGACAAGGUAGACCUAACUUUAUGCUGUGUUUCAUGUUCUUGUAUAAGUACUGUAGGUUUUCAUUUUGAAGGCAACAGGAGUUGCGUUGCAAUGAUACAACCCAAGCGAAAAGUUCCUGCAAUUUCUAGCAUCUGUUAUAUCUACAGAUUCAGUAAUGAUACAGCAGGAAGCCAGUUAUUCUGUGGAAAAAGUCAUAUGUUUAGCUACAAACUCACAAGAAUGAAUACAUUUGAUAUUUGUUUUCUACAAUGCUAGUGAUAUGAGGAUGCAUUUAGUCAGUUAUAAAACUGAACUGCUCAUUCAUAAGAUGUGAUUUGUGUUAUGAGAUUGGUUAGAAAAUCUCGCCCACAGCCGGAAAUUAUAAAAAAGAUACUCCCUUCUACUUGUGAAUGAUGCUCAAAUCUAUAAACAAGCAUCCUAUUGUGUUGAUGUUUCAUAUAAUUAUGCAUCAUCCAUGUGGUUCCCAUUUACCAAAUCUCUUGUGUCCUCAGUACAUAACAGACAGCCAAUACAGGUUAUGUUACAACCCAUUUUCAAUAAACAACUCCAUAUUCUUUCAUAAAUACUUAGACCCUGGGUUUAUUGUGUGAUUUAGUUUUUAAUACAAGUGAUUUUUUUUAAGUUUUCCAGAGCCAUCAAACCCAAUUGCCUGAGAUAUGAGUGAUGGGAAAUCUGCUCUACCCAGAAAGCACGAGACAGAACAGAUGUGAAGGGCCAGAUGUGCUGGAAGUUCACAGUCCCAGGAAAAGGAGAGCUCAGGGUGAGAUCAGGAUGAGAAGCAAUGAACAGAGUGUGUAGGAUGCUGCUCUGUUAGUUCUGCAUGUGAUGUAAUGCCCACCAUUGCUCCUUCAAGGCUCCUGUGUGAUAAGAGAAUGACAUGAGAUAUAAAGCAUUAAGACAGGUGCAAGUGUGCUUAACAAGACCGCAGGAGUGUAGUGUAGGAUAAUGUUUACUCUCUGUGAGCCAUAGUUUCUUUGUUAAGCCUUUUGUGGAAUAGCAUGAAUGAUGAAAAAUGUUAGGACUUCUUUUUAUAGUGUAGAUGAUGUUGGGGACAUGAUUCUACUAUGAAUCACUCAAGAUGGUUUGUGUUUGAUAGCAUACAAAAUCAUACAAAUAAAUCAUACAAAGCAACUGCUAAACUGCUUAAGAUCAGAUAAAUAUGAUCACUGCAUUUUUUUUAGACACCCAGAGACACUUCAGUCUUCUCUCUUCCAGCCCUUAAAAAGUCUCCAGCUGUUUGCAGCUGCAGCAUGAAGUAGAACAACACCUUGCAAACGCAUAAACAGCCUUGACACUAGCAGCUUCAACUAAGGGCAUGAUAUCCACCAAAGUCACUUCCUGAAAAAGGGGUCAUGGGUCAGCAAUAAAGCUGGAGAUGACAUGUGUUAAUAAUUCCAGCUCUGCAUUUGUCCCUAAAGAUGGAGGAGUCUUCAUUUAAAACCUCAUUGCUACAACCUUUGUGCCUUUUUUAAUCAAGUGCCUUCUCAAGGUUAAUGAACUAAAUAUAAAUGGAGCAUUUAAUCUGUCCACUAAUGACUCCGACUGAAUGCCACAAGGCUGAAGCAACUUUGUCACAGCAUGUGUGUGUGUGUGCGUGUGUGUGUGUAUGUGUGUGCGUGCUAUGUUGAUGACUGAACCGGAUGGAAAGGCUGGAGUCUCUGUAGUACAUUUUUCAAGGACUAGCUCGUCAAUCUCUGUAUAACCAAGGGAAAAGUCAAUAGCAUUUCAAGUAGGAAACAGGUCAUGGGAUUAAACACAUUCCUCUGUUCCUGUUUGUAUAACAAAUGACUUGUCAGAUGCAAGAGGGAACUUCAUCACCAUAAAUGCCUGACUAUGAUGUUCCUCCUUCCAUGGAUCAAGGAAGAUAACAUCUUUUGUCCGUAUUUCUCAUUUAU